UGUUGUACAGCCCAUGGACUUGAGGCAUUUAAAGUCUGCCACUUAAUCAAUAAUAAGUGACAUCACUGUCUAUGGUGAGAAGGGGGGGACACAAUAUGUUGACGACCAAGCAAGGCUAGAGGGCUGAGGCAAAAACAUAGUGUGAUCACCACACUCCCCCGCCCCGCUGGACUGAUCACAGCUCUCUCUCUCUGGUGAUCGACAUACUGCAUGGAUAUGUACUGGGAGUGUUUUGGAGAGGCUUUGCUUUAUGGGGAGGGUAUGGUAGUAAGUUACUGACUUAGAUGACAUUGGUAUUUGGUAGCACAUAACUGUCUGACUGACAGACCUCUGAGUGAGCCACUCUUGAUUCAUGUGAUGGUAUGCCGACCCAGAUCAAAGCUCUAAAAAAGUGUUGUCGCAUCCAGAUAAUAGACAGUGCACUUCAACCAGCCGAUUGGAACACUGAACUUUUUGUGGGUCUCUGAGGAAGUGUCUCCAACAGUUGUGACUUGGUGCUGCAUGUGACAGCAUCUCCUGUUUGGGUUCUUUGAGAAGUAUCCAUCAAGUUGUGUACAAUCUUCGACAUAUUGGUAGCAGAGUAACUUUUUAGAGUUUGCUGAAGAUUUCUUAGUGCAGCAGAGAGAGAAACAUGUGAAGCCUCGGACUAUUGGUGAAUAAUAUUCAGAUAUUUAUUGUAAGUGGAGUCACAAACUCAAGGAAUAUUUAUGCACAGCCAUUGAAAUAAUCUCAAGACAGACAAGGAUUUUUGUACAAAGCAGUUCCAGUUAAUUCCUGCUGCAUCCUACAGAGACAUUUGCCUCAGACAGACGAACAAUGGAUAGUAAUAACAAUAACAUCUUCAUCAUUUCAAUGCUGUUGCUCUUACUCCUGACUGGGCGACCCAAGGAAAUAGAAUCUGCAUCCAGGGAACAUAACUCAUCUGACAUCUGCUGCCCUGGGGAUGAAGGCAUCGCUGGGGUUGAUGGUUACCCUGGGUAUCCGGGCCGAACCGGGAUGCCAGGGAGACAAGGGUUAAGAGGAGAGACUACUGAUGGAGUGACGGGUAGGAAGGGAGAGCCAGGGCCAGCUGGUGAUAAGGGAGUUCCUGGUCAGAUUGGGAGGCCGGGUCGUCCUGGGGUGCAAGGACCGAUCGGACCGAUGGGGCGGCGAGGACCCCGUGGAGACCCAGGAAGUAAAGGAGACAAGGGUAUCAAAGGAGAUGUGGGUGACAUCGGUGAAACUGGGAAAAAAGGUCUCCAAGGACCCAAAGGGAUUUUGGGGUAUCAGGGAUGGAAGGGUGCGAACGGGACGAGGCGUAAGGGUAAAAAAGGUCUGAAAGGAGAGAGGGGGGAGCAAGGCACUAUUGGGCCAGGAGGGGUAGAGGGACCCCCAGGCCUAGGCCCUCGAGGGGAAACCGGUGAUCAGGGUCACAAAGGGAUCGUAGGAAACCCAGGCACACCCGGUCCUGGGCUACCCAAAUCAGAGUUCAUGAUACGGAAUAUUGUCUCCCACAGUGCGGGGACGUUCCGUAUUGAUUCUGAAGUUGUGACAAACAUUGGCGGGUAUUUUAACAGGGCAGGUAAAAAAUUCACAAUCGGGGUUUCGGGGACAUACGUAAUGCAGGUAACCACUGAUUACAUUGGUGGACGUUUUCAGUUAAUGCAUAAUGACUAUCCUCUUAUGACAGGGUCAGGGUUUGUAAUGGCAAUUAAAGAUUUGAAGGUCGGAGAUCAGAUGUGGUUACGAAUCGAGAUCUCAAAGGUGUAUUUUGAGAACAAGGACUUUUGGUUCUCAGGGUAUAUGCUGUAUAAUCUUUAGCUUAUAAAAAUAGAAAGAGAAAGAGGACUACCGUCAUUCAUGAUCAUAAGUUGCCUGUGGUUGCACAUAGACUUAUGAAUGCUAGAGAAAGAGGACUACCGUCAUUCAUGAUCAUAACUUGCCUGUGGUUGCACAUAGACUUAUGAAUGCUAGAGAAAGAGGACUACCGUCAUUCAUGAUCAUAACUUGCCUGUGGUUGCACAUAGACUUAUGAAUGCUACUGCAGGGCCCAAUUUGCUUGAUAUUAUUUCUUUGCGAACAUUUAGUGGGGUACCAGUCACAACCAUGUAAACUUAUAGUAAUUUUGGCUGGUUACCUAUUUCUGUUAAGUAAAACUUUUCUGUGCUUAGCAAGUUUUUGUGCUUAAGGGCUUUAUGACAUUGGCCACAGGUACGCCCUGUCACAUCAUUUCAUAAUGACAUGUGACGGCCGGGACAGGCGCUUGCAAGUUGCAGUAAACUGGGUUAGCGUUUAUAUUUCCAUGUACAGCCGAAGGGCUUCAAUGAUCAUGAUGGCAGUCAACCUUUGAAUAAAAACGUGUACAAAGUGCUUUUAAGAUUAAUUUGUAUUGCUUUUAACAUUGGAGCCUUAGCAAGGGACAUACUAUUAUUACGAAAUAAAAGAAAUCUCUUUAGUUUUUGCUAUAAAUUAGAAAGUUUUUAUGUAUAAAAUUUGGUGAUUAAACACAAUAAUAUUGAUAUUCGCUUUUUUGAUAUUUUUCACCAAGAUGCAAAUAUUUGAAGCAAGUAACAGUGGGCACAAACCACAUCUCUAGCCAGAUUAAUGGCAGUAUUUUAACAGACAUAACAAAAAUUAAUAAAGUAGUGCAGGCGAGCUUUGAAGAUUCAAUUUAUUUGACAUGCUUUUACUGAUUUGACUUUAUUUUAAAGGAUAUUUAUUUACUGCCAUUACAGUCUUAAUAAGGCAAUAUGCUUUUGACUAAAAAUUACCCCCAAAAAUGUUCAGAGUCAUUACCAAAGUAUGGCCCUAGCUUCAGUACCAAUGGGACGUGGGUAUCAUAAGAUGAAAUUAUCAUACUUUUCCAGCCACAAUUUGACUGACAAGGGCUGAAACUUUGUACAAAAGAUGACUGUAAAUAAAUUUUGUAUAAAAGAACUAAAUAUAUAAAUUAUGUUUACCAUAAAUGUUUCCCCAUCUGGGCUCAAUUUUAGAGAGCUGCUUUUAAAUGUUUGUAUGAGAUAUGGCCCAACUCAAUUUAAGGUUAGGGCUACACUUAACUUAUUUGGGAUAUAGUCCCAAUUAACUAUUAACAGGGUAAGCUUACAUCAGGGACCAGUGUCAUCUACUUCUGGGGCUAAGACAGGGUUACCCCAAACCGAUCUGUAAGAAUUUAGGCAUGGGUUAACAGAAAAUAAUUAUUUUAAUAAUUUAAAUAAAUACUAAUAAUAGACCCAAAACGCACCAGCCACCAUUAUGUAUAUUUUUUUAGAAGCCUUAGAUUAAAGAAGUGUACAUUCUGUUUUACUGUAAACAGUAAAUAUUCAAUGAAUACUAACAGCUAUGUAAAUAGAUGUGAUGAAUUUUCUUAUCAACACUAUAUACCUCUGUGAAAUAAAACAUGUUCAAGUCUAAAAUUA